AUGUCCACUCCCUUGCGCCGUGUGUUUGUGUAUGGAACGCUUAAAAAAGGUGAACCAAACCAUUACUGGCUAACGGAUGUGUCUAACGGAAAGGCUCGUUACAUUGCCAAAGGUCGUACGAACGAGCGGUAUCCACUGAUCAUCGCCACCCGGUACAACAUUCCCUUCCUGCUGGAUGUACCCGGUAAGGGUCACUUUGUUGCGGGGGAAAUUUACGAAGUAGAUGACCGCAUGCUCAGCCGUCUCGAUGUCCUGGAGGACUAUCCGAAGUUGUACGAUCGUCGAUCGGAAAUGAUACGAAACGAGGAAACCAACGCGAUUGAAAGCUGUUUGAUUUAUUUGAUGCGAAGCUUUCCCAAGCGAUUGCUCGAAAAGCCACUAUUGGAGGAAUACCGGAACAGUCCGGAAAAACCGUACGUGGAAGCCGAUGAUAUCGUGUUCGACGAGUGA